AAAUCCGUCUGUCUAGUUUUUCUCACUCAUAAUAAAAAAGAAAGUGUAAUUUAAUUAACUCGUUUCGUUAAGGUGUAUAAAUUGCUUUUGUAUGUGUUUAAUAACUUUUAAGUAUUAACGAAAUUGUAAAAUUAAGAAAGAUGACUAAUUAAGUGUGUACGCAACGUAGAACGGGGCUGCAGUUUUCCGUAUAAAAAAAAGAGCCUAGGAGUUAUUUAAGUGAACUUGUUUAAGCGCAUAAAUAUUAAAGAUGUCCUGUUACUUCCGACAAAACGGCGAUACACACGUAACUAUACCAAAAUAUAUAGAAUCGUCCACUGGUGUUGUGUAUUAUGAUAUCAAAGUGCGCGUACAUCAGGUGGAGUGGCUUGUAGAACGACGUUAUCGCGAUUUCGCGCAGCUGCAUGAUAAAUUAGUUGAUGAAAUCGCAAUAUCAAAAAAAUUACUACCGCCAAAAAAGCUGGUAGGCAACAAAAACCCUGCAUUUCUAGAGCAACGACGUGAACAGUUGGAGAAAUAUAUGCAAGAAUUGCUUGUAUUCUUUCGCAUACAAUUACCGCGUGUGUUGGCAGAAUUCCUGGAUUUUAAUAAAUACGACAUAGUAUACUUGCUGCAGGACUUGGCAAAAUUGUUCAAUGAAUCGGGUAGCACGCUUUUGAGCUCGAAAAAAGCAUUUAACUUCUCUGCGCUAGAGAUUUAUGCGAUAAGUGAACGCUUGUGCCUGCCUUGCCCCCCGGAGAAUAUCGAACAACGCGGUAGAUUUGAUUUUUCGCAUGUGCUUGAUUUUUGUACACAACUGGAGGUGCUCAUUGUGACGCCAGUUAAAGAUAAUACUACCUUUAGCAACGAUUACAAUACGGUGGAUGUACCCAUCGAACGUAGUAAUAUUAUACCCAAAAACCUCCGUUUUACACUCAAUGCAUUCCGUAACGUUAAGGUACUCAAAUUCCAUGGUCUGUCCACGGAGAACAUAGUCGAUAUUGCGUUACUAAAGCCAACUGUGCAAACUAUCUGCGUACAUAGCACAACCAUGACACACAUCAAUCAGAUACUUAUGUGUGAUAACAUACACAGAGAUACAGUUGCGGCUAUAACAACAACAGCGCCAGAUGCUAUCUCCUACACUUCGAAUAGUUCGGCGGCAGCACAAUCAUUGUCGAACAGUAGCUGCUGCACUGAUGCACCCAUUACAGUCAACUUACCAUACAUGAAAACCGAUUGGGCUAAUCUCGCUGAUCUCGAUUUGACCGGCAACCUACUAACACAAAUUGACGCCAGUGUACGUACAGCGCCGAAACUACGUACACUAGUAUUAGAUCAGAAUCGUAUACGCGCCGUACAGAAUCUCGCUGAACUCUCACAGUUGCAGACACUAUCGCUGUCGGUAAAUCUAAUAGCUGAAUGCAUUGAUUGGCAUCUAGAAUUAGGUAAUUUGGUGACGUUGAACUUAGCGCAGAAUCGUUUAAAAAAGCUAAGUGGGCUGCGUAAGUUACUUUCAUUGGUAAAUUUGGAUUUGAGUUGUAAUCUAAUUGACGAUCUCGAGGAAGUGGAUUGCGUGGCGCGUCUGCCGAUAUUAGAGACCCUACGUUUGACCGGUAAUCCAAUAGCGGGCAGUGUUGAUUAUCGUCCACGCGUAUUGUCACGCUUCCACGAGCGCGCCGCUGAAAUCUCACUCGAUAGCGAACGUGGCACACAGAAGGAGCUCGACACAGCGCUGGUGCUGUCAGCGUUGCAUAUAUCGAAAAUGCGUCAAUUGAGUAGUGGUGGCCAGCGUUAGUGUGCGUUUCACAGGUAUGAUGCUGCCAAAAUACGUAAAAAAAAGAAGCCAAACUGCAUAGAGUACCUAAAAGUAGACUACGCUUAUGACGAACAGCAAGUAGCAAAAUU